AUGACACCGGGGAAACCGAGCUAUAUCUGCGAGAUUUGCAACGCUGGAUAUUCACGGGCGGAGUUUCUGCGCAGGCAUAAGAGAUCAGUGCACCAGAAAGAGGCGGGUAAAACUUUUCAUUGCUUGCAUUGCGACAAGUCGUUUGCGAGGAGUGACGUACUCAGCCGACAUCGGAGAAGGUGUCACACAGAGCAAGGUGGAGGUGGUAGCAGCAGCAAAGCCAGUGCCAGCGCCAGUGCCAGUGAUAGUGACAUGGACAAUACCAGCGAUGCUGAAUUAGUGCAUAAACUGCCAAUAAAUAGCAGCAACAGCGGCAACGGUGAAUUGACGAAUCAAAUUAAUAUAUUUGAUUCGAUUGGUAGUUUGAUUGGUGCAGAUUAUAGUGCAGAUUAUAGUGCAGAUUAUGGUGCAGAUUAUGGCGCAAAUUAUGGUUCAGAUUAUAACACAUACAGCCAACACAACGAAUACAAUAACACCCUCAAUCACCUCCUCAACAACCCAAAUCUCGACACACUCGCCCCAGAGAAGGCAAUCCGCAGAAUUGAAUUCCAAGACGUCACCACUGCAUCAGGAGCCUCUUACAAUCCAACACACAACGACGCAAACGACAGAUUUUUCAUCCCACAAGAACGUUUCGCUGGCCCUUACAGCAUUGCUCACUGGGGCUUGCCACCCCUCAACCACCUUUCUGUUCUGUGCGCAAACGCCCUACAAACUACAAACGUACACCUUCCCCUAAUGCACCUCCCCUCCUUCAAGCUAUCAGAUACAAGUGUAUGCGUUGCUUUUGCUUUGUGUAGCACUGGCGGUAACAGUCCUAAACCCUUCAACAAACUGCACUCCUUCGACAACUCCUCCCUCACUGACGCUGAACUCUACUCAAAACCAGGUGCCUCAGCUGCUGAACAGACUGGUAUCAUUAGAGAGGUCGUCAGGCACGAGAAGCUGGCAAUGAUUCACGGCAGCUUAUCCAACAAGUCAAGUAAAACCUCUCAAUCCGAUUUCAUUGGUUUGAUUAUGGCUUUGCUCAUUUACUACGCCCCUGUUAUCUUAGAGGAGGACGCUGCUAGCAGUAUUUGGGAUGGUAUUAAUGGUGGUUUUGGUUUUAUUUGCGAGGCUAUGAGAUCUUCCGGUCUCCUCCAAACCUCUGCCACAUGGCUAAACCCCGAAAAACCCAAGCUCACCUAUCUCGGUGAGCGUUCAAAAGCUUCCGUCUACAUGGCCUGGAAGAAUUGGGUAAAAGAUGAGCAAAAACGGAGGGCUAUUUUCAUCAUAUACCUUGCUGACCUGCUGGGCGGGAUAGCGCAAGGCAAGCCACCUACUUUGCGGGUAGACGAGAUGAGUAACGUCCCUCUACCUGCCAACGAAAAGCUGUGGGCUGCACCCACUGCCCAAGCCUGGGCAAGUCUGAUAGAUGCCUCCACACGCACACCUACGCACGGUGAAAUGAUGUUCUGUAUAUUCAACCAACUCGAUGACUCCCAAUUCAGUCAGGAACUUGGUCCAUUUGCGCGCAAUAUCCUCAUUUCUUCCAUCCUCAGAGGUCUUUUAGAUAUAGGUCUCGUCGAUGGCGGUAGCGUGGGUAGAUGUUAUUUACAAGGUCUCGAUCAGUCUUCGACCAUAUUUGCUUUCAGAAACGCUCUUAUUGCCUGGAGGAGGGGAUACGAUUUCGACAUACUCUGUCAGAAACAAUCUACUUAUGAAGAUCAAGUGUCGUUUCAGCGACAAUCUACUCUCUUCUCAACCAACUCGAAAAGUAACAUGGGUAGCCGUAGUAAUAGCUAUAGUAAUAGCAACAGUAAUAGCAAUAACAGCAACCCAGACUCCACUCACACAUCCACAUCCACAACCUCGGGUAGUCCUCCAACGAGCUUCGAUCCAUCACCGACGAAAGACCACUACAUGGGCGUCGGCGUUGGCAGUAAUGGUACUACAACUACAAAUACAACUACACCUACAACUACAACUACACCAAUUGAAAAUGAGAAAAGACCUCCAUUCGUCAGUGAACCACUACCUUUCUUUUGGAUGGCGCAGCUGCUGCUCAAUAUUAUAUCUCCUGAAACUUCCCUCUUUUUCAACUUUGUCACUCCCCCUCAGCAGACUUGCUACAAUGUUCCUAGGUCUGGACGAAUUGGGAUGCAGGAUAAAAUAAAGAAUAUGGAUCUCAAAGGUAUGCUUAUUGCGUCGCGGACAUUUGCAAGAAUGCAAGAGGGUAUGAAUAGCGGGAGUGUUGGUGGUAGUGGCAGUGGGAGUGGCAGUGGGAGUUUUGACAGUGUAUAUUAG